GAUGCGGUCCGAGAAAUCGGCGAUGUACAAGAGAUUGCGAAGGAACUGCUGAGCGCCGUGAAUCGCGGGUACCUCGGUGGCGCAUGCCUCAUCGCAUCAGUGAGCGUCGGCAAAUCAAUGUUGGCUAUGGAGCGCCAGCUCGCGCGACUGAUAGAGUUGUCUGACAGCUUUGAGAAGAGCGCCCUCCUGAAUGACGAC